ACGUGGAGCUAUGCAAAUUACGAAAGAGUUGCAGCAGUUUACAGUGACAGCAUUGGAGCUAUUUACAUGUUUCAUUUUCACUUUUAUCCCAACGACUUUGGGGUUGUGAUAGCUUGGACUCGUCGGGAAGAAAUGUAUCCGCUGCAACGCACAGAAAGUUAAAGCUUGUAAUAUGUUAAUGACUUGAAGUUACCUUUUGCCGGUAGUUAAGCCUUGAAGCUAAACGCUAACAGCUAGCUAGACGUUGUCACCGGUACAGGCGGACCUCUUUGUCUGACAGGGGAAGGCGUGCUCUUUUGUUAGCUUUUUCCCCUUUGUCCGCUCGGGAUAGAGGAACUGACGGGUCAGGAUUUCAUAGGCACCCGUAUUUUGGGAGUAUUUAGAAAAUGCAGGUCGCGAAAAAAUACUUUACAGAAGGCCUAAUUCAGUUGACUAUCUUGCUCAGUUUGGUUGGAGUUCGAGUAGACAUCGACAGCUACCUUACCGGCUACUAUCCGCCACUCACUGAGAUUAACUUGGGUCCAAGCUCAGCCUACAUUCAGACACCCUUUCACGUUUUGAGAGACACACUUGACGGAUACGGAGUGCAUCCAAAAUGCCCCGAGCUGGACUACUUCUUCGCCAGUCGUCGUCUGCUGGAUGAGGUGAGGAACCUCGGCUCGCCGCGGUUCCACACGCAGCUGAACGCGUGGUUGGUGCACCAAGUUUCCUCCACAGGGCCUUCCACCAGCGACAACCCUGACGCCAGCGUAGGGUUAGAAAGCACUGACAAUGAACCUGCAGAUACCGGUGAGCACCUGCCCGUCAGAGACCAAGAAGUGCACUGCCAGCCCAACUCUGAGCUGGGACAGGGGCCUUGUGGUGCUGGAGCCUUCCUGAAUGAGGAUGAAGUUAAGAUUAAAGAAGAGGAGGAAGCAGUUCCACUUACUCACCUGGCUCACAGUUCAACAUUAGAACAAGAGAGUUUGCUUGAAGGGAUCACUAUGCUGCCUGAGCCGGUGCUUCACCAUGUUCCUCCAGCUGCUGAUAUCGACUGGAACAAUUUGCUUUCUGUUGCAGAUCUUGAUGAUCUGGACUCUCUUGUCACCGAUCGUCUCUCUGAGCUUGACUCCGACAUCAGCAGCGCCAUCAGCCAGGACGUCAGUUUGCAUGACGCCAUGGUGACCAGCGCCGGGGCGUUUGGACCGACGGACUCCCGGACGGUCAGCCAACGGGAUAGAAACCUCCUGCGACUUGAGUCCACAAACUCCUCGCUCUCUGAUUCUUUGCCAGGCAUGGCGGUGGGCCUCGCUGCACUGCCCUUUGCCUCGGUGUGCAACUUAACUGGAAAUCUGACAUCGCAAAGCUCGCUCGGUAGCUGCCUAGAUGAGGCUGUGUUUGAGCAGAUCAAUCAGCUGGGUUUGGGCCUGGAGGCAAUAGACAAUCAGCUGAAUUACCUCGAGUGCUUAGACUCUGGAGCGUUCGAGGACUUGGACUCCGAUUCAGGACUCUCCUUGGAAAGCAGCUAUGGAUGUCCAGUCUCCCCUGGUUCAUCUGAGAUGUCAUCAUCGACCAGCUCGUACUAUGAAGAAGAGGGCGGAGCGACAGGCUACAGCAGCGAGGUGGACUCCAAACCCCCUAAAGGCAUACUGGACCACCGUGCCAUUUGGCCACCUGUUGAUCUGAGUGAGAGUGUGUGGCACGACCACAGCUACUCAUCUCCCCCUCUCCUCAGCAUGCCGCCCCUAAGGCUGCCAUGCAAAACCGAGGAGCCAGAGGAGGACAGUGGGUCCCUGCUGGAGGAACAGGAGCUGAGCCGCGACGAGCUGCGCGCCCGGGCCAUGUGCAUCCCCUUCUCCGUCCUGCAGAUCGUCAACAUGCCCGUGGAAGAGUUCAUGGAGGUGCUGGACACCCACAGCUUCUCCGCCGAUCAGGUGACGCUCCUGAGGGACAUCCGCAGGCGCGGGAAGAACAAGCUGGCGGCUCAAAACUGCCGCAAGCGUAAGCUGGACGCCAUUACGGGGCUGCAGGAGGAGGUGGAGAGGCUGCAGGCCCAGAGAGACAGACUGCUGAGGGAAAAGCGGCUCACGGCUAAAACCAUGGGGGCUGUGGCCCACCAGUUCAAGCAGCUGACCCGGGACGUCCUCUCUCGGGUGAGAGAUGCAUCGGGGCGGCCCCUGAACCCCGAGAGGUUUACCCUGCAGUGCGGUGCUAACGGGAGGGUUGUAGUUCAGCCCAUCAGACAGCCCGCUGUCGCCACAUCAGCUGGCAAAAAAACAGACAAGAGAAAGAAGGAGAAGAAGCAGUGAGAUUGCUCACUGAGACUUGAGCUUUAGGGGUUGUUUUGGAUAUUGAUGAACUUUACUAAACCUGGCUUUGGGGUUUUACGUUUGUAAAGAUUGCAUUGGGAGCCUAAAUUUUCACAAGCUGCAAAAACAAGAGAGACUUGGAGCAUAAAUUAAUUAAAAAAAAAUAUCUGUACUUAAUGGAAAAAAAAAGUAGCUUACACACUGGACUUUUGUUUGCUUGUUAAAGAUGGGCAAAGCAGGGUUUAAGGCAACAGCUUAGCUGCUGGAAACAGCAUCAAUCUCUCUUUGUGCCUAUUAAAAUAUGAACUUGGACAUUUAUU